CCGUACAGGGAAUAAAUCUGGACCUUUCACGGACAGAAUACAUUAAUAGAAGGGACUUCUACGUAGAUUAUGGUGGCUAUAAUUCAGAAUUUGUACUUUUCCCAAUUAGUCACGUAAUGUCGCAUGUAACAAAGUGUGACGAAAAAAAGAGAUUUUAGACAAUUAUCAGAAAGUUUAAAUUUGGCUUCUAUUUAUGUACGUUGUACGUUGCUUCCGCAGAUAAAUUUUUCUGUGGUGGCCUGGUCCAUAAAUUUGCCGAACUCGGAUUUUUGGGUCUCCUUCGGAGACACAAAGAGAUUUAAUUCGCUAAAACUCUAUAAUCUCAAAAUAAAAUGGCAAUUAUCCCAACAUCUUUGAAAGUUAUCCCAUGGCUUCCUUCCAAGUGUGUAUGUAGUUGUUGCUUGCAGAGAAGCAGUAUUCCACCAACCACUCCAAUUCAAUACCCAGCGAUUCAACGCCCCAGUCGGAAGAUCCCCUGCCCAUCCAACGUCGAGAUCAAAUUAAACCAGCACCGGAGUAGGAGCACUACUACCACCACCACCGACGUUUUAUGCCUGAUGGAUAGCCUGCAUCUCCGCAUACCAGCCGAUAUCUAUGCUUCUCUCUUAAAAGAAUGUACAGAUGCCAGAGACGCGACUAGAGGUGCUGAGGUGCACGCCCACAUGAACCGAAGUGGCUUCCGCCCAGGUUUACCCUUAGCUAACCGCCUACUUCUGAUGUACGUGGCGUGCAGUCGUUUAGAUGAUGCUCGUAAGGUCUUCGAUAAAAUGACAAUUAGAGACUCCAUCUCGUGGGCAACGCUAAUUGCUGGUUAUGUGAACCAUGGUGACUGUAAAGAAGCGAUAAGCUUGUUCCUGGAAAUGCAACAGGGAAGUGGGUUGGAGUUCACUGAUUUGAUUAUUGUCAGCAUCUUCAAGGCAUGCGUCCACAUUGGGGAAUUUGGACUGGGGAAACAAAUACAUGGGUGGAUAUUUAAGGUCGGGUAUCACAAGAAUUUGUUUUUCUGCAGCGCUCUCAUCAAUUUCUAUCGGAAGUUCAAAUGCCUAGAAGAUGCACAAUUUGUCUUUAAUGGAGCUAAUCGUCGUGACACUGUGCUUUGGAAUGACAUAAUUACUGGCUACAGUAGAGAGGGGCAGUUUGAUGAAGUCCUUGAUAUCUUCAAGGAAAUGGGGAGAGCAGGUGCAAGUAAGAAUAAUUUUACAUUCUCGACUGUUCUCCGGGCAAGUGGAAGGGUGAGGGAUUAUGGGCAAUGCGGUAAGCAGGUUCAUGCCAGUACCAUCAAACUCGGGGUUGAAAUGGAUCUAUUUGUGCAGAGCAGUUUGGUUGACAUGUAUGGGAGACAAGGGCUGCUGAGGGAUGCUAGAAGGGUCUUUGAAAUGAUCGGCAACGAGAGAAAUGAUGUAUGUUGGAAUGCCAUGUUUAUUGGCUACUUACAACAUGGCUUCUAUAAUGAUGCUAUCAAGUUUCUGUAUGAGAUGAAGGCAGCUGGCCUACAACCCCAAGAAUCAAUGCUCACUAAACUAAGAAUAGCGUGUGGGAGCUGGUCUCCUCAUGUAUCAUUAAGAAAAGGGUCCUAGUCUCCUUGGCAUCAAGUCAGGACCAACAUUUGUUAUGGGUAGUGGCUCUUAUUAGCAGUGAAGAAAAGUAGGUGAAACUAGUCAACCUUGGAGGAAAAAGGUUGAAGCUUGCAAUAUGGGACACAGCUGGGCAGGAGAGAUUCAUAACAUUAACAAGCUCAUACUAUAGAGGAGCAUGAGGGAUCAUUAUGGAUAUUUUAUUUCCUUCUCUUGCAUUAUUUCCUCUAUAUAUGAAAAGUCCAUUUACUUAUUAAAUAUUAUUUCUAUUUUCUUUGUCUUGCUUUUCCUAUAUAUUUGUUUUAUGUCAUACACCACUUUGUGGUCAUCCAUGUAUCCAUGUUUUGGUUCAAGGAUAUACACUAAUUCUAAGGACAGAAUAUGUGAAAUAAUAGUAGUUGUCUUUAGCACUCUUUCUUUUUGCUGCAUUAUGAUCUUGAAUACAUUUUAAUUAGAGUUUAAAUUCCCUACCACUACUCAGGCCUUUCCAAGUUGAGUACAAUGCAUCAUAUCAUGUAUCUAGUAUCUACUGAAUCCAGGAUAGUUCAAAGUAUUGAUGCAUCUAUUUGGAUGUUCACUUGACCCAACUAUAUGAAUGAAAUCUUAAAACAUGAGUUCUGACAAUUUUUGAUGUGUUGAUUUUCAGAAGUGUAUCAACUUCUGAUUCUGGGAAACAUGAUGGCAAUAAACUUAAAUAAUGGGCUUUCUAUUAUUUAAUUUUAUCCCCUAAAGGGCUGAUAAAUUAUCAUUAACCACAUGUCUUAUAAACCACUAGGGUUGUCAAUGGACUCUGGAAAUCCAAAACCCAAUCUGGAUCCAAUCAAUUUCAAAUUGGAUUCAGAUUUCAGUUGUUGCUAAUUUGGUCGGAUUUGGAUGAAUCAUGAUCCAAUUAUAGCCUACUAGCCACUAGGGUAUGGCAGAAAGUUUGUACAUGGGAAAACAAUGAAGUUGAAGUUGAAGCUUGUCUGUUGUUUUUUCCUCCAAGCCUUUAAGCUUCCACUUUUACUCGGUUGUUCCCAAAAAAAAGUAAUUAAUGUUUCAUUCCAUUCCAACCAAGUCACUGAAAAUGAUGUUGGAACAUCGUCAAGUUUGAUCUGAUCAUUGAGCAGCAUAAGAUGAAACCCAUAACUGCUCUCUCUCUCUCUCUCUCUCUCUCUCUCUGCUUCAUGGGGCUA